UACUUCUAAUUCCUUCGUGUUGAUUGCGGUGGAGAUGGCUUGCUUACAUGAUCACAGUUGCGAAGAUCACGAUUGUUCCUCUGAUUGGUCUCUCUACAAGCACAUCGACCUUCCAAAGGUAUCUGCUUUAAAUGAGGCUGUUCCAGGAAGUGUCAAGUCAGUCUUCAAAGCUUGGGAGCAACGAUUGAAUUCUUCUGGGGAGCACUUGGAAAGCAAUGAUGGUGAUCCCGAGCUACUUGUUUUCAUUCCGUUUACUUCAGAUGUUAAGAUCAAGAGCAUAGCAAUUAUUGGUGGUGCUGAUGGAACAAGUCCUUCAAAGAUGAGAGCGUUCAUAAACCGAGAUGGCAUCGAUUUUUCGGAUGCUCAAAGUAUGCAAGCCGUUCAGGAAUGGGAGUUGGUUGAAAAUUUCCAAGGAGUCUUGGAGUUCCAGACAAGAUAUUCGAAAUUUCAAAGUGUGGCCAGUAUCACAUUACAUUUUCCUGAGAAUUUUGGUGCUGAUUCAACUAAGAUUCACUAUAUUGGCUUUAAAGGUGAAGCUACGCAGUUGAAGAGGGAUGUUGUUGCGACAAUUGUUUACGAAAUCACGCCAAAUCCUUCUGAUCACAAGACGCGGGCUGAAGGUAGUGGGGGUCUUUCACAUGUGGAAUGAGGUAUGCUAAUGGAGGAUCGAAUUGCUACUGCAUGUUGGUAAUAUUACAAAAACAUCUAGUAACUGAAGUCAUUUCUGAUUUCACUUCAUGCUGAAAGUUUGUGAUAAUGACCGUGGUUAGCUUACAGAGGUCUGCUUAUGUUUUGGAUUCCCUUUUUUUUUUUGGUUGGAGGGAGAAUCCUUCUGAAAUCAAUGCACUAACAAGUAUCAAUUCCUGUAUACCGCCGAAGGAAUCUACCAGUACCCAUUAUGCUGGUUAAUAAUCUUUUUUUCCUUUUAACACUUUGUUAUUAUGCUAAAUGAGUAAAUGGUAUUCAUAUAGACAUA